CCCACGCCCCACGCCCUUCUUUCUAAUGUUCACAAACAGAUGCUUGCUCUUAGUCUAAAAGAGGCGCUCAAAUAACUUCUCCAGCUAUAAAUAAAUGCACCGGCACCAUCUUUCUCCUUAAACGAAUUAUUAGAAGCUUGUCUUUAGCAUCUUGGCAAGACUUAAGAAGACAUGAAGGCAAAGGACGCACUUGAGGCUUUGAAAGCUGAAUUGGCAAGGAUGCGAGAGGAGGAAAUAUCCAUGAAGUCAUUGCUAAGAGCAGCGGAAAGUGCACUCGAAGAUAUGAAGAGAGUGCUUUCAGAGUUUAAAGCCAUGGAGAAAUUGACUAAUGACAUGCUGGACGUAUUUUUCAUUGAAUUAGCAGGAGGUGAUAACAUUCAGGAUCUUGACGAUGAAACCAUGAAGGGCUUGAUAGAAGAAGCUAUGAGGAACUUUACUGAUGUGUUGAAUGACGCUCAAUCUCACGGGAGCCGCCCCGCAGAUGGUGGCAAUUGUGGAGGGCAUGACGGUAGUACUGGUGAUGAUCGCUCUAAGGAAGCUGGCGGAACCGGUGGUGGCAACAAAGGUGGAAACAGCAGUGGCCACCCUGAGUAGGGUGAGGGGUUUACGGUAUUCGGGUCAAAGCUGUAAUUUUAGGGCUUUUGAAAUUUAACUUUUUUUUUAGUUAAACGUGUGGGUUUUUAUUACGUCUUUCCUUAAGGGUUUAAAUAAAAAGUGUUGGGGUCAAACUUGUGGGUUUGGUUAUGUGAUAUGACUUAUGUUG